AUGCGUCAAUAUCUCUAUUACUUAUUACUUAUAAUUAUGGGUCGGAGUCCUUCUGGGCCAGUGUCAUCACUAGGUAUAGUUCUGAAUCGCGAUUCUCUUGCACCAGUAUCUUCAUCAGUUAUAACUUUGAAUAAGGAUCCGAUAGUUUCAAGCGAGAAUCUAUUAUUUCCUGCUAAAGCAUCGGAUCAGAAUCCUCUCGGACCAGUAUCUGCAUUAGUUAUGCCUCUUGAUCGAGAUCGGCCUAAUCACAGUUCAAUUCGUUUUGCAGAAGCAUUGGAUCUUUUUCUUCAUUGA